AUGUUGCACUCUGGCAGGGCACGGAGCGCGCUGCUGAGCUUAUUCCUUGUUGGGAUCUUCACGCCAGGCCAUGCCAUCUUCAUGCAGCGGACUGUCAAUCAUGCAAGCUCUGGCUCUUGUGGGCUGACGCAUGCUGCCUGUCCGGGCUCGCCAGUGCCUGCUGGAGAGCAUGCCGCCUGCGCUGAGAGCCUUGUCUUCAACGCGCCCUGCGCAAACGUUCAGGAGGAGAUUGAGGCACGAAUUGGCCUCAACAAAGACCGAAAGAAGCUCCCAGGUAACUACACUCUCUUGGCGUCGGAGCCUGGAGCCUGCACCAAGGCCAGCCGAGCGACGAGCCCUUUUGCAGAUCCAGGCCCCUUCACCGACCUUUUCGGCUUCCGAUACGUGACGGAUGGACCGAACUGCCAUGUCCUGGGAUGCUCGGAAAGUCAGGACCUCACUUGGGACAUCUUAGGACGCAUACAGAAUGUGGGCCCCUAUGCUGGGCCCUGGCUGACCUUAGAAGAAAGGAUCGCUUCAGGUCAAUUGUUUCUUGUUUUUUCUCUGUGUUUGGAUGAUAUGGCUAGUGAAUUUCCAUGUAAAUGUACUGUAUUACGGGAGGCUGUCAGCACGGUCACGCGGACGGCCAUUGCUUCAAGCGUAGGUGGCCAUCAAUCCAUUGAUUUGACUUGUUUUCCCUUGGGUGGAAAGAACUUCGGGCCGCAUAAAUCAGGUAGAGGCCAAAUCUCUGCUUCACGAUUCGAUGUUCUCGUGACGCAGCCAUGGCAUGUGGCGUCAAGAUAA